AAAAUGUCUGGCCGUGGCAAAGGCGGGAAGGGGCUCGGGAAAGGAGGCGCCAAGAGGCACCGCAAGGUGCUCCGCGACAACAUCCAGGGCAUCACCAAGCCCGCCAUCCGCCGCCUGGCUCGCCGUGGGGGAGUCAAGCGCAUUUCGGGGCUCAUCUACGAGGAGACCCGCGGGGUGCUGAAGGUCUUCCUGGAGAACGUGAUCCGCGACGCCGUGACCUACACCGAGCACGCCAAGAGGAAGACCGUCACCGCCAUGGACGUGGUCUACGCCCUCAAGCGCCAGGGCCGCACGCUCUACGGCUUCGGCGGCUAGAAAGUCUCCCGUCGCAACACACCAAAGGCCCUUUUAAGGGCCACCCACGA